AUGCUGACCAAAUCCCAGGGAUUCUACGUAAAUCUUCCCAUCGGCGCGGUCUGUGCUCCUGUCUAUUUCCUACUAUUCCCCAGCGUUGAUCCUUGUCCAUCCAAGACGCUCGCCGAAAAGUUCCGCCUCGUCGAUUGGGUCAAUGCUGUUAUCUUCCUGGCUGGCUCCGCUUGCCUGACCGUUGUGCUCACCUUGGGCGGUGUCAUCUACCCGUUCAAUUCCGCAACUGUGAUUGCGCUAUGGACUGUCACGGGCGUUCUCCUUAUCGCCUUCAUCGUCAUGCUGAAGCUACACCCACUGGUCACAAAAGAGAAUCGCCUGUACCCUCUGCAUUUCUUCAAGCAACUCACAUUGAUCAACAUGCAGCUCCAGGUUUUUCUAUCCUCAGGCAUCAUUCUGUUCGUCAAGGAUGAUGGCGCCCUUGAAGCUGGUGUUCGUCUACUACCAUUGAUCAUGUUCAUGGUCGUUGCCUCGAUGGCCAACGGCUUUUUGAUGCCUAGAUAUGGCUUGAUUCCUGUCUGGUAUAUCGGGGGUAGUACACUUACUCUCAUUGGCACAGCUCUUAUGUGUAUGGUUCUAUUCCUCGCCAUCAGCGGUAGUCUCUUCCAUAAUGUAGCGGUCGACAAAGUCGGCAAGGCUCUCCCUGAAGUCUCCACCGCGGAGAUCGGAAACCUCAUCGCAGGAUCCAGCAGCUCGGCUUUCCAAGCACUCUCCAACGCAGAGAAAGCUUUGGUGAUUCCUGAGAUUGCCAGUGCCAUGACCAGAAUAUGGGCUUUCUUCCUUGCAGCUGCUACGCUCAGCGUGGUAUGCUCUGUUCCAUUGGUGAGAGCUAAGUUCGGUGGUGAUAGUGGCAAAACCGCGGCAGUGACUGCAGCUUAA